CCUAUUGUGCCCGCCAUCUCCACAAUCGCCAACCCGCAGCCCCGACUGCUGCCCGCUCUUAAGCUGCCGACCCGCGCGAGGCCAUCGUCGUUCGAUCCCGCUCCGACCCCCAGGACUACUUCUGCCGACUCGCCUCCCCCCGCCGGCGCUCCCUCCCGUUCUCUCGCCAUCCUCUACAGGUCUGUCUGUUUUCGAGCGUUCACUUCUCGCAUCGCCCAGCAUCGUGCUUCCCCACCAUCACCAUGCUCUCCACCCUCCGUCUCGCCGCCCGGCCAGUCGCCGUCCGCCGGGCCGCUACCGCCCUCUCAUUCCGCGCCGCCAGAGCCGGCUCGACCUGGGCCAACGUCCAGCAGGGCCCUCCUGCUUUCAAGGCCGACUCCUUCCCUCAGAAGAUCAACCUUGGUGUCGGUGCCUACCGCGAUGACAAGGGCAAGCCCUACGUUCUUCCCUCUGUCCGCACUGCCGAGGAGAAGGUCAUUGCCUCGCGCCUGAACAAGGAGUACGCCGGCAUCACCGGUAUCCCUGAAUUCACCAAGGCUGCCGUCGAGCUCGCCUACGGCAAGGACUCGCCCGCUCUCGACCGCAUCGCCGUCACCCAGUCCAUCUCCGGCACUGGCGCCCUCCGCAUCGGCGCCGCCUUCCUCGCCCGCCACUUCCCCGGCGACAAGAAGAUCUACAUCCCGACUCCCUCGUGGGCCAACCACAAGGCCGUGUUUGGCGAUGCCGGCCUCGCCGUCGAGCAGUACCGCUACUACGACAAGAAGACCAUCGGCCUCGACUUUGAGGGCAUGAUUGCCGACAUCAAGGCCGCCCCCAAGGGCAGCAUCUUCCUAUUCCAUGCCUGCGCCCACAACCCCACUGGUGUCGACCCGACCAUCGAGCAGUGGAAGGAGAUUAGCAACGCCGUCAAGGCACAGGGCCACUUUGCCUUCUUCGACAUGGCCUACCAGGGCUUCGCCAGUGGUGACACUGACAAGGACGCCUUUGCCCUCCGCCACUUUGUCGAGGAGGGACACGACAUUGCUCUCUGCCAGAGUUUCGCCAAGAACAUGGGUCUCUACGGUGAACGUGUCGGAGCCUUCUCUAUCGUCGCCUCCUCGGCCGAGGAGAAGAAGCGCAUCGACUCGCAGAUCAAGAUCCUCGUGCGCCCCAUGUACUCGAACCCCCCGAUCCACGGUGCCCGCAUCGCCGCCGAGAUCCUCAACGACCCCGAGCUGAACAAGCAGUGGCUGGGCGAGGUCAAGGAGAUGGCCGACCGCAUCAUCACCAUGCGCGCCCUGCUCAAGGAGAACCUCGAGAAGCUCGGCAGCAAGCACGACUGGAGCCACAUCACGUCGCAGAUUGGCAUGUUUGCCUACACUGGCCUCGAUGCCGACGCCAUGACCAAGCUGGCGACCGAGCACAGCGUGUACGCCACCAAGGACGGCCGCAUCAGCGUUGCCGGCAUUACGACCGAGAACGUGGGCCGCCUCGCCGAGGCCAUCUACAAGGUCAAGGGCUAGAUGCUGUGUGAGGCAGUGAUAGAGUUGGUACGAAAACAGUAAAAUGAGGAGCGAGACUUGACGUGUUUCUGUCGAGAGACUAGAUUCUAUGUAUGAUACAUCUAUGCGUCUGCCUUGCUACGUUUUGUGAGCGAUAGAUUGCAUCGUCCACGGAUGUGGCUCGAAGACAGCGUAGAACAAUUUGACGAUCUGGACGAG